AUGGCUCCAGGACGAUUCGGCCGCCGGUUUAAUUUCGCCGCGUCUCUAUGCCCUCGCAUGACGGAGCCGGACACUUUGACGGAGCAUAUAAGGAUCAAAGUCGGAGAACAUGUCCGUCGCGGGGACUAUUCUGAAGUUGCAGGGUAUACUCAGUACGAAGAGUAUAACGAACACGAUGGGUAUACUCCAGGCGAAGAGAACACUCAAUACGAACAGCAUACACACGACGAAGAGUACACUCAAGACGGAGUAAAUACUCGUCACGAAGAGUAUACUAGAGACGAGGAACAGAACGAAAAUAAUAUUCGUGUUCCAACUGAUGGUCCAGAUGAUGGAGAAGGGGGAGGACGAGGACGAGGACGAGAACAAGAGGCCGUCUUCAAGGGCGCAUAUGGAUGGUACACGAUUGGGAAUGAAGAUGAGAAAGAUGUCGAACGUGGCCUGCUUACACCCCAAGCUGUCCCCAUGGUCGAGAAGCGCAAGGUCUUGACUUGCACUCGCGCCGAAGCAUUGGAGAUGUACCAACCCAUCGAGGAGAAAUUCAAGGCAAGCUAUGGGACUGCCGACGUCCGAAUGGAAGUCCGACACAACUUCACCGAGCAACUGGUCAGAGUCCUCCCGCCGUUCGAAAAGAAGAUGGUCAAGAUGAAUGCAGAGUUUCACGGAGCCAAGGACGUCAUUCGGUGGUUCCGCAAUGUCGAUAUAGACGAUGAUCUAAAGGAAUAUAGCUGGGAGACAACGUACCGAGUUCCCCGUCUGACUCCCAAGCAAAUUGACGACACUUGGGAAGAUCUGCAUCACCUCGCAUACCACAGCAGCGUAUACUUGAUGAGCCGCAUGGAACUUAGGACUAGUGUCUUGAAGAUGCUUUUCGACGAGCAGACGAAGCGAAUUCAGGAGUUGGAGGAAGAGCUCGAGUGGAAGAAUUCGGUGGAAUUUGGUGUUGUCGAGUUGAGGGAAGACUUGGAGACAUUGAGCGAGAAGUCUGCAAAGCGUGGGAAGAGGUCUUUGGUGAAGGAUUUUGUUAAAAAGGUAUUUUGCCAUCGUGGAUAG